GAGAGAGGGAGAGGGGGAGAGAAAGAGGGCGAGAGAGAGAGAGAGAGAGAGACGGCGUCCGAUGUGUCUUUUUUUUCCUGCACAUCACUUUGGAUAUUUGCGCUUGUGCAGUCCUGCUGAACGCGGUGCUCACCUGCCGGGGGGCCGCAUGGCUGUGGAGCGACCGAGCAGCUGAUCUAAUAGGAUAAAUCCGAGUAAUUGCCUCCUCUUAUUAUAGCCCUCCAUUGAUUCUGUCGACCAUUCUCCUAAUCACUGUCAUGGUUUUCCUCAUUCCCCUCUCUCCUGCUGUUUCAAAGUGACCGGCUGCAGGUGUUCAUUCGGCUCCGUUCUGCGCCAGUCAACGCUGGCAAUAUGUGAUUUCUGGGAUUAGACGCUGCGUUUUGUUUUUUGGAGAAGUGGACCACUAUCUCGCAGCUUGGAAUUCUUUGCUUUUUUUGAAAACGUUUCUGUUCCAACUCUGCAGACCAGAAUCGACUCUGACAGAUCCGUGAUGGUGCGGGGGCUAUCAGAACUGACGGCAGAGUGAACGCUAUCAUUUGGAAACUGUUUGUGGGACUGGUGAAAAAUGAAAGCUCCCAUCCCUCUUCUGAUCCUGCUUCACGCCGUUGUGGUCCAUUGCCUGAAAGUGGUGUCGAAGAGAGGCUCGGUGGAAGGCUGCACGGAUUGGUCGGUGGACUACCUGAAAUACAAGGUGCUUCUGGGGGAACCUGUACGGAUUAAGUGUGCUUUAUUCUAUGGAUAUAUCCGGGCCAACUACACCCAUGCGCAGGCUGCGGGACUCAGCCUCAUGUGGUACAAAAGUGCGGGACACGGGGACUUUGAGGAACCCAUUAGUUUUGAUGGCACACGGAUGAGCAAGGAGGAGGACGCCAUCUGGUUUCGCCCGGCCGAGUUGGACGAUGUCGGGUACUACUCCUGCGUGUUAAGGAACUCCACAUACUGCAUGAAGGUUUCCAUGUCCCUGACGGUGGCCGAGAACGACACGGACCUCUGCUACAACUCCAAGAUGAGGUUCUAUGAGAAGGCCGAGUUGAGCAAAAGCAAAGACAUCACCUGCCAGGGCAUUGAGGAUUAUAUCCAGCCGGGAGUGGAGCCUGAGAUCGUGUGGUACAAGGAGUGCAAGCCAAAGCAGUGGAGACAAACCAUCGAGAGGAGGAGGGACACCCUGUCCAUCAAGGAAGUACGGGAAGAUGACAUUGGGAAUUACACCUGCGAGUUACAGUUUGGGAACUUUGUGGUGCGGAGGACGACUGAGCUGUCCGUCACAGCUCCCCUGACAGACAAGCCGCCGAAAAUCCUCGUCCCCUCAGAGAGCCAAAUGAGCGUCAUCGAGCUGGCAAUAGGAAGUCCAGUCAACCUGACGUGCCGAGCCUUCUUUGGAUACAGCGGAGACGUCAGUCCACUCAUCUACUGGAUGAAAGGAGAGAAGUUCAUCGAGGAUCUGGAUGAGGAACGAGUCCAGGAGACUGACAUCAAGACGAUCCGGGAGCACCUGGGUGAACAGGAAGUUUCCAUCUCCCUGACCAUCGACUCCUUAGAGGAGAGCGACCUGGGGAACUACUCCUGCUACGUGGAGAACGGGAAUGGGCGGCGACAGGCCAACAUCCAGCUCAACAAGAAAGCGGAGCUGAUGUACACAGUGGAGCUGGCCGGGGGUCUGGGCGCCAUCCUGCUGCUGCUCAUCUGUCUGGUGACGCUCUACAAGUGCUACAGGAUCGAGCUCAUGCUCUUCUACAGGAACCACUUUGGCAGUGAGGAUUUAGAUGGAGACAACAAGGACUAUGACGCUUACCUGUCCUACACAAAAGUGGACCCGGACCAGUGGAGCCAGGAGACCCGCGAGGAAGAGCGCUUUGCCCUGGAGAUCCUCCCCGACGUGCUCGAGAAGCAUUAUGGGUAUAAACUCUUCAUUCCAGACAGGGACUUGAUCCCCACAGGAAGUUUCACCAAUGAUCAUUUCCAGGAUGACACAAGACUCCUUAGAGCGUACAUCGAGGACGUUGCACGCUGUGUGGAUCAGAGCAAGCGCCUCAUCAUCGUCAUGACGCCCAGCUAUGUGGUGAGGAGGGGGUGGAGUAUCUUUGAGUUGGAAACGCGGCUGCGCAACAUGCUGGUGACGGGUGAGAUCAAAGUCAUCCUCAUCGAGUGCGCCGAGCUGCGCGGCAUCAUGAACUACCAGGAAGUGGAGGCCCUCAAACACACCAUCAAGAUGCUGACGGUCAUCAAGUGGCGCGGGCCGUCCAGCAACAAGCUCAACUCCAAGUUCUGGAAGCAGCUGCUCUACGAGAUGCCCUUCAAGCGCAUGGAGCCCCUCAGCAUUUCCCACGAGCAGGUGCUGGACGUCAGCGAGCAGGGCCCCUUCAACGAGCUCCAGACCGUCUCGGCCAUCUCCAUGGCGGCGGCCACCUCCACCGCCAUGGCGACCACACACCCGGACUUGCGCUCCACCUUCCACAACUCUUACCACACCCAGAUGAGGCAGAAACACUAUUACCGUAGCUACGACUACGACCUGCCGCCUGGCGGCACCCUGCCGCCUGGCGGCACCCUCCCGCCGCUCUCCACGCUCGGCAACCAGCACACCUACUGCAACAUCCCCAUGACGCUCAUCAACGGACAGCGACCGCAGUCCAAGUCGCCGCGACAACAGAGUAUAGAGGAGGCUCACGGCAACAACGCCAUGCUGCCGCUGCUGCCAAGAGAGACCAGUAUAUCCAGCGUGAUCUGGUGACAGAGACUGAGCCGUGCGGGGUAAACUCUGGAUCUUAAAGAUGUCCGUCACAGGGAGGACUCACCACUGGCACUCGGACCCUGAACGCACCAGAGGCAGGCGGCGCUGAAGGGCACUGACGUUACUCGCUGCUGUUGAAUUUGCACCAGGAAACACCCGGAGGACAAAGAGGGCGCGGCGGGCACGGCUGGACACAUCGGUGGCAGAUAGUUUAGUUUUGGUCCAAUAAGAGCUUUCAUUGAAACUGAAGAAGAAGAAGACAAAAGAAGCGAGGAGAACUUGUUUUUGUAUGCCUGUAUAAACACUCACGUAACACAAGCCAACACCUACGAUCAUUUACCCAGAGAGUCAAGGAAUACAGGGUCCUGUACAUACGUUUUUCUAAUUCUUUGUAGCAUCAGUGUUUGGGACUUGUUUCUUGUUUAUCUUUUAACAUCAGUUGGGACUCUUAACUUUUUGAUUUCUUUGGUUUCAGUUUGUACAAAAGUGAAGACAUUGGCCUGUGAGAUGUUAUUCGGGAUAAACCGUUGUUACCUUUAUCUUAAUUUGUUGGCUGGUGUAGUUUAUAACGUUUUUACAGGGAGGGUAGAAGAUCCAGCCGGCCGGAGAUGGAGGACGAUUCGGUUUUUUCGGAUUUCAUCUCCAGCGGCUUCUGUAAGGGUUGAGAAUUUGGACUCAACCAGAUUAUGCAAAACAUGGCGUCCAGAGAGCGAGAGGAGAUUGAUUUCCUGAAUUGGGGGAAGUGGAAUCUGUAACGAGGGGGUAUGAAGAACAUGGUGCUAGGCUUCACAUCUCUCUGUUUCUCACACGAUAACUUUUACUUUGAAAAAAAAAAAAAAGACAAAAAAACAGCCUUGCUAUUUACCUUAACAGAUGAAUAUAUCACCGAAAAAUUAAUGAUGUGUAUUAUUUUAUGAAAGAAGAA